AGGAGAGAACGGAGCAGGGCUGAACAAUAGAGACAGGCAGACGGGAGAGAAGGAGGACCAGCUGCUGCUGCUGUAGGAGGAGAGCUGGAGGCUGAGGCAUCUUGGACCCCUGUCCCUGAGCCAGAGAGGAGGCAAGCAGCCCGGUGGAGGGAACUGGCUACCAUGGGGGAGCCAGCAGAAGGCUCCCCCAGCCCUCCCCGAGCCUCUGCUUGAAGCUGUGCAUCAUCUCCUCCGGCUCCGCUGCCCCCAUCCCGCGCCUGCCCGCCCUCGAAACCCCAAUUCCUUAGGAUCUGAUCGCCUCAGCUUCUGGGCACCGGGUCUCCGCCGCCCCCGCCCCCGCCCCCACGGAGGAGACGAGACGCCGGCCCUCCGUUUCACCUCCCGGGGGCUGUCCGCAAAGCCCCCUCCCCAGUCAUGAAUCCCCCGGAGGGGGCAGCGGAGGAAGGAGGAGCAGCCGACUCGGACGUGGAUGCGUUUUUCCGGACAGGUUCUUUUCGAAAUGAUGGUUUGAAAGCUGCUGACGUCCUCCCUAUCCUAAAGGAAAAAGUGGCCUUUGUGUCAGGUGGCCGAGAUAAGCGAGGUGGACCCAUUCUGACUUUCCCUGCACGGAGCAAUCAUGACAGAAUAAGGCAGGAAGACUUGCGGAAACUUGUGACUUAUUUGGCCAGUGUGCCAAGUGAGGACGUGUGCAAACGUGGCUUCACUGUUAUCAUCGACAUGAGGGGCUCCAAGUGGGACCUCAUCAAGCCCCUGCUGAAGACACUGCAGGAGGCCUUCCCUGCAGAGAUCCAUGUGGCCCUUAUCAUCAAACCCGACAACUUCUGGCAGAAGCAGAAAACCAACUUUGGCAGCUCCAAAUUCAUCUUUGAGACAAGCAUGGUGUCAGUGGAAGGUCUGGCCAAGCUGGUGGACCCCUCCCAGCUGACAGAGGAAUUUGAAGGCUCCCUAGAUUACAACCAUGAUGAGUGGAUAGACCUCCGGGUCUCUCUGGAGGAGUUCUUCAACAGCGCUGUUCAUCUGCUGUCCCGCCUUGAGGACCUUCAGGAGAUGUUGGCCCGCAAGGAGUUCCCGGUGGAUGUGGAAGGCUCUCGGCGGCUUAUUGAUGAACACACGCAGCUCAAGAAGAAGGUGCUGAAGGCCCCUGUGGAGGAGUUGGACAGGGAAGGGCAGCGGCUGCUUCAGCGCAUUCGCUGCAGUGAUGGCUUCUCUGGACGCAACUGCAUCCCAGGCAGCGCUGACUUCCAGAGCCUCGUCCCCAAGAUCACCAGCCUCCUGGACAAAUUGCACUCCACCCGGCAGCACCUGCACCAGAUGUGGCAUGUGCGCAAACUCAAACUGGACCAGUGCUUCCAGCUACGGCUCUUUGAGCAGGAUGCUGAGAAGAUGUUUGACUGGAUCAGCCAUAACAAAGAGUUAUUCCUCCAGAGUCACACAGAGAUUGGAGUCAGCUACCAACAUGCCUUGGACCUACAGACUCAGCACAAUCACUUUGCUAUGAACUCCAUGAAUGCCUACGUGAACAUCAAUCGCAUCAUGUCCGUGGCCUCCCGCCUGUCAGAAGCAGGGCACUAUGCUUCCCAGCAGAUCAAACAGAUCUCCACCCAACUGGACCAGGAAUGGAAGAGCUUUGCUGCCGCGCUGGAUGAGCGUAGCACCAUCCUGGCCAUGUCGGCCGUGUUCCACCAGAAAGCCGAGCAGUUCCUGUCAGGAGUGGAUGCCUGGUGCAAGAUGUGCAGUGAAGGUGGCCUCCCAUCUGAGACACAGGACCUAGAGCUGGCCAUACACCACCACCAGUCAUUGUAUGAGCAGGUGACACAGGCCUACACUGAGGUCAGCCAGGAUGGCAAAGCCUUGCUGGAUGUAUUGCAGCGGCCCCUGAGUCCUGGCAACUCAGAGUCCCUGACGGCCACUGCCAAUUACUCCAAAGCUGUGCACCAGGUCCUAGACGUCGUCCAUGAGGUGCUGCACCACCAGCGCAGGCUCGAGGGCAUCUGGCAGCACCGGAAGGUUCGCCUGCAUCAGCGGUUGCAGCUCUGCGUUUUCCAGCAGGACGUGCAGCAGGUGUUGGACUGGAUCGAAAACCACGGUGAGGCCUUUCUCAGCAAACAUACAGGUGUUGGGAAGUCCCUGCAUCGAGCCCGGGCCCUGCAGAAGAGACAUGAUGACUUUGAAGAAGUUGCUCAGAACACAUACACCAAUGCAGACAAGCUCCUAGAGGCAGCCGAGCAGCUGGCACAGACUGGAGAAUGUGACCCAGAGGAGAUCUACAAGGCAGCUCGGCACCUGGAAGUCCGAAUCCAAGAUUUUGUGCGCCGGGUGGAGCAGCGGAAGCUUCUCUUGGAUAUGUCUGUCUCCUUUCACACACACACCAAAGAGUUGUGGACAUGGAUGGAAGACCUGCAGAAGGAGCUGCUGGAAGAUGUGUGCGCCGACUCGGUGGAUGCUGUCCAGGAGCUAAUCAAGCAGUUCCAGCAGCAGCAGACGGCCACUCUGGAUGCCACACUCAAUGUCAUCAAGGAAGGAGAAGAUCUCAUUCAGCAACUCAGGGACUCAGCGGUGUCUAGCAACAAGACGCCGCAUAAUAGUUCCAUCAGCCACAUCGAAUCAGUUCUGCAGCAGCUCGAUGAAGCCCAAGUGCAGAUGGAAGAGCUUUUCCACGAGCGCAAAAUCAAGCUGGACAUCUUCCUACAGCUGCGGAUCUUUGAGCAAUACACCAUUGAGGUGACGGCAGAGCUGGAUGCCUGGAACGAGGACCUGCUGAGACAAAUGAAUGACUUCAACACCGAGGACCUGACCCUGGCAGAGCAGCGGUUACAACGUCACACGGAGAGGAAGCUGGCCAUGAACAACAUGACCUUUGAAGUCAUCCAGCAGGGCCAGGAUCUGCACCAGUACAUUAUGGAGGUCCAGGCCUCAGGCAUCGAGUUAAUCUGUGAGAAGGACAUUGAUCUCGCAGCCCAAGUACAAGAGCUCCUGGAGUUUCUCCACGAGAAGCAGCAUGAAUUGGAGCUUAACGCAGACCAGACCCACAAACGUUUGGAGCAGUGCCUGCAGCUCCGGCACCUCCAGGCUGAGGUCAAACAGGUCCUGGGCUGGAUCCGCAAUGGGGAAUCGAUGCUGAAUGCCAGUUUGGUCAAUGCCAGCUCUUUGUCAGAAGCUGAGCAGCUUCAGCGGGAGCAUGAACAGUUCCAACUAGCCAUCGAGUCCCUCUUUCAUGCAACUUCCUUGCAGAAGACACACCAGAGUGCCCUGCAGGUACAGCAGAAGGCAGAGGUAUUGCUCCAAGCUGGGCACUAUGAUGCUGACGCCAUCCGGGAAUGCGCCGAGAAGGUGGCGAUGCACUGGCAGCAGCUGAUGCUGAAGAUGGAAGACAGGCUCAAGCUGGUCAAUGCCUCUGUGGCCUUUUACAAAACGUCUGAGCAGGUAUGCAGUGUCCUGGAGAGCCUAGAGCAGGAAUACCGGAGGGAUGAGGAUUGGUGCGGUGGAAGGGAUAAAUUGGGCCCAGCAGCAGAGAUCGACCAUGUCAUUCCACUCAUCAGCAAACAUCUGGAACAAAAAGAGGCUUUCCUCAAGGCAUGCACAUUGGCCCGCAGAAACGCCGAAGUGUUUCUGAAGUACAUCCACAGGAACAACGUCAGCAUGCCCAGUGUGGCCAGCCAUACCCGGGGACCCGAGCAACAAGUGAAAGCCAUCUUGAGCGAACUCCUUCAGAGGGAGAACCGAGUGCUGCAUUUCUGGACCUUGAAGAAGCGACGAUUAGACCAGUGCCAGCAGUAUGUGGUGUUCGAGCGCAGCGCCAAGCAGGCACUUGACUGGAUCCAAGAGACAGGCGAAUAUUUCCUCUCAACGCACAACUCCACUGGCGAGUCCACAGACGAGACUCAGGAACUGCUGAAAGAGUAUGGGGAAUUCAGGGUGCCGGCCAAGCAAACAAAGGAGAAAGUGAAACUUCUGAUUCAGCUGGCCGACAGCUUUGUUGAAAAGGGCCACAUCCAUGCCACUGAGAUCAGGAAAUGGGUGACUACGGUUGAUAAGCACUAUCGAGACUUUUCCCUGAGGAUGGGGAAGUACCGCUAUUCACUGGAGAAAGCCCUGGGAGUCAACACUGAGGAUAACAAGGACCUGGAGCUGGACAUCAUCCCAGCAAGUCUCUCAGACCGAGAGGUCAAACUACGGGAUGCCAACCACGAGGUCAACGAAGAGAAGCGGAAAUCAGCCCGAAAGAAAGAAUUCAUCAUGGCAGAACUCCUCCAGACAGAAAAGGCAUAUGUAAGAGAUUUACAUGAGUGCUUAGAGACAUACCUGUGGGAAAUGACAAGUGGCGUGGAGGAGAUCCCCCCUGGGAUUCUUAACAAGGAACACAUCAUCUUUGGCAACAUCCAGGAGAUCUACGAUUUUCAUAACAACAUCUUCCUCAAAGAACUGGAGAAGUAUGAACAGUUGCCUGAGGACGUGGGACACUGCUUUGUCACCUGGGCAGACAAAUUCCAGAUGUACGUCACCUACUGUAAAAACAAGCCUGAUUCCAGCCAGUUGAUCCUGGAGCAUGCAGGCACCUUCUUUGAUGAAAUCCAGCAGCGCCAUGGACUAGCCAACUCUAUCUCUUCCUACUUAAUCAAGCCCGUCCAGAGGAUCACUAAGUACCAACUGCUCCUGAAGGAACUUUUAACCUGCUGUGAAGAAGGGAAAGGGGAGCUCAAGGAUGGCCUGGAAGUGAUGCUCAGCGUUCCAAAGAAAGCUAACGACGCCAUGCAUGUCAGCAUGUUGGAAGGCUUUGACGAGAACCUGGAUGUCCAGGGGGAGCUGAUUCUCCAGGACGCCUUCCAAGUAUGGGAUCCCAAGUCUCUGAUCCGGAAGGGGCGGGAACGACAUUUGUUCCUCUUUGAGAUCUCUUUGGUGUUCAGCAAGGAAAUCAAAGACUCCUCAGGGCACACAAAAUAUGUUUACAAGAACAAACUACUGACCUCAGAACUGGGUGUGACCGAGCACGUGGAAGGCGAUCCCUGUAAAUUUGCCUUGUGGUCCGGGCGCACACCUUCCUCGGACAACAAAACUGUAUUGAAGGCCUCCAGUAUUGAAACCAAGCAGGAGUGGAUCAAGAACAUUCGAGAGGUGAUUCAAGAAAGGAUCAUUCACCUGAAGGGUGCUUUAAAAGAGCCGAUACAGCUCCCUAAGACACCAGCCAAACAGAGGAACAACAGUAAGAGGGAUGGAGUAGAUGAUAUUGACAGCCAGGGGGAUGGGAGCAGUCAACCAGACACCAUCUCCAUCGCUUCCAGGACCUCUCAGAACACAGUCGACAGUGACAAGCCCAAGAGAGUGAUUUGGAGGAUGGCCAGGGUACAGCUGGAUGGUGGGAACGUUAUCCACGGUGCUUUCUAUGGUGAUAUGACCUUUCUCCCGAGGGGACCUGUUUGGAAUGCUGGGACUCAGUCCCCCAGGGCAGAGGCCACGAGGACAGAGUGUGUGAAGGAGUUUGGAGACGAUGUGUCAAUCUUGGCAACGACCCGGCUCUCUGGAGGAUGUGAGCUGACCGUGGUGCUCCAGGACUUCAGUGCUGGCCACAGCAGUGAGUUGACCAUUCAGGUGGGGCAGACCGUGGAGCUGUUGGAGAGACCCAGUGAGCGACCUGGCUGGUGUCUAGUCCGAACCACAGAACGAAGCCCCCCGCAGGAGGGUCUGGUCCCCAGCAGUGCCCUCUGCAUAUCCCAUUCCCGAAGCAGUGUGGAGAUGGACUGCUUCUUCCCAUUGGUGAAAGAUGCUUACUCAGUCUCUUCAGGUGAAAAUGGAGGCAAGUCAGAGUCUGUGGCCAAUCUCCAACCUCAGUCUUCCUUAAACUCCAUCCAGAGCUCUCCAGGUCCCAAACGUUCCACCAACACCCUCAAGAAAUGGUUGACCAGUCCCGUGCGCAGGCUCAACAGUGGCAAAGCUGAGAGCAACAUCAAAAAGCAAAAGAAAGUACGAGAUGGUCGGAAAAGUUUCGAUCUGGGAUCUCCCAAGACUGGCGAUGAAACCACCCCACAGGGGGACAGUGCUGAUGAGAAGAGCAAGAAAGGUUGGGGUGAGGAUGAGCCAGACGAAGAAUCCCACACACCACUUCCUCCUCCAAUGAAAAUCUUUGACAAUGACCCCACGCAGGAUGAAAUGAGCCUAGAAGGAGGUUCCUACCGAGGGAGCUUGAAAGACCCCACGGGUUGUCUGAAUGAAGGGAUGCCUCCACCUACACCACCUCGGAACCUGGAAGAGGAGCAGAGAGCCAAAGCCCUCAGGGGCAGGAUGUUUGUCCUGAAUGAGUUGGUCCAGACAGAGAAAGACUAUGUUAAGGACCUAGGGAUUGUGGUGGAGGGAUUCAUGAAGAGAAUAGAAGAAAAGGGAGUCCCUGAAGACAUGCGAGGGAAAGACAAGAUCGUGUUUGGCAAUAUUCAUCAGAUUUAUGACUGGCAUAAAGAUUUUUUCCUGGCUGAACUGGAAAAAUGUAUUCAGGAGCAAGACCGACUGGCACAACUUUUUAUUAAGCAUGAGCGGAAAUUGCACAUCUACGUGUGGUACUGUCAGAAUAAACCACGGUCAGAGUACAUAGUCGCGGAAUAUGAUGCCUACUUUGAAGAGGUGAAACAAGAAAUCAGCCAGAGGCUGACACUUAGUGACUUCCUCAUCAAGCCCAUUCAGAGAAUAACCAAGUACCAGCUGCUGCUCAAGGACUUCCUAAGGUACAGUGAGAAGGCUGGUCUGGAGUGUGCAGAUAUUGAGAAAGCAGUGGAGUUAAUGUGCCUUGUUCCAAAACGCUGCAAUGACAUGAUGAAUCUGGGACGCCUGCAGGGCUUUGAGGGCACCCUGACAGCCCAGGGAAAGCUGCUUCAGCAGGAUACCUUCUACGUGAUUGAGCAGGACGCAGGCAUGCAGUCCCGGACCAAGGAAAGGCGUGUGUUCCUCUUUGAACAGAUCGUCAUCUUCAGUGAGCUUCUGCGAAAGGGCUCUCUCACACCAGGCUACAUGUUCAAAAGAAGUAUCAAGAUGAACUACCUUGUCUUGGAGGAGAAUGUGGACAAUGACCCCUGUAAGUUUGCCCUUAUGAGCCGGGAAACAUCAGAAAGGGUCAUUCUACAGGCAGCCAAUGCAGACAUCCAACAAGCCUGGGUUCAGGACAUUAACCAAGUCUUGGAUACACAGCGAGAUUUCUUAAAUGCGCUACAGUCACCGAUUGAGUAUCAGCGGAAGGAACGGAGCACGGCCGUCAUGAGGACCCAGCCUCCCAGAGUACCCCAGGCCAGCCCCAGGCCCUACUCUGCCGUCUCUGUGGGGGCUGAAAAGCCCCCAAAGGGCUCCAGCCGUAACCCAUCACUGCCACCUCUGAAGAUAUCUACCUCCAAUGGCAGUCCAGGGUUUGACUACCACCAGCCUGGGGACAAGUAUGAGCCCAGCAAGAACGACAUGGGAGGGUGCAAUGGGACCUCAUCCAUGGCAGUGAUCAAAGAUUACUAUGCACUGAAAGAGAACGAGAUCUGCGUGAGCCAGGGCGAGGUGGUCCAGGUUCUCGCCGUCAACCAGCAGAACAUGUGCCUGGUCUACCAGCCCGCUAGUGAUCAUUCCCCUGCAGCCGAGGGCUGGGUCCCGGGCACCAUCCUGGCGCCCCUCACCAAAGCCACAGCUGCAGCAGAAAAUAGCGACUCGAGCAUCAAGUAAGUGCCACGUUGGCUUUCCCGGGAGAGCAGUAUAUGGAUUAGGAAAAAAAAAAAUCCAACACAGUAGGGAAUUACCGCUCCUCAUGCUCGACAGUGCACUGGAACCAAUGUCUGAAUGCUGGAACCACACACCAUGGGGGGCGUCCAUGCCGGAUAGUUUUGGUUUUUGGUUUUUUCUUUUUGUUCAUGGCUUUCUGUUCAUUUUUUUCGCCUUCUCCAACCCUUUGCCCCCUCAUUUGCUUAAAAAAAAAAAAAGAAAGAAAAAGAAAAGAACCUUAAUGAAACCCUGAGUGAUUAAAGGCAUGCUUUCUGUUGCUCUGUUUGAGCCUCCCAUCACAGGACUCACUGGACUGGACUUCUAUUUAUGUUGUAUUAAGUUACUGAGAUAUAUAUAUAUAUUUUUUUUUUGAUUAUGACACACACAUAAAAAACACCCCACCUUAGCACAAACCCCAUGCCUGCUGUAGGCUGAAGGCCUGCUGCUGUCCCCAGGGGAAGAAGGGGGCAGGGGAUGGAGGGGACUUUUUUUGGGGGGGGUUACUUGGUGGGAAUUUCUUUGUACAGUUUGUAACUUUUUCAACCCAUUCCUGCCCCCACCCCCAUUUCCCUGUUACUUUAAUAUAUGUUCCUGGUAAUUUGUAAGAUAUUUCUUUUUUUUUAAUUGUGAGAUCCUUCAGAGUACAUUCCUGUAUAAAGUAUUUUGCACUAUUUAAAAGAAACCCAUAUGGAUGAAGCCAGGGUGUGCAAUAUAUUGGAUAGUCGCAAUGUUCAUCAUUGUACCUGUAAUGUAACUAAUAAUUUUAAAUGUACUAUUUUAAAUAUGUAAAAUAAAUUUUCACCAUGAGCAUGUUUUAAUGAG